AUGGACUCUGUCGUAGAUGCUUGCGACGACACUAUGGGGGAUGUCAAGCAAGAUUAUGCGAGACGAACAACGAGCACAAUCUCUUCUUCAAUCUCUUACAAAAUUCACGGGAACACGUUUCGAGACCGGCGCUACGACGAAGUCCGUCUUCCAGAUAGUCGAGCGAUGGCAAUGCGUCGGUUUCAAUGCCUCGAGAAACGCUUGAUGAGAGAUGCUUCGCUUGCAGCAGUCUUGCAACAGAAAAUUUCUGAUUAUCUACGCAAAGGCUAUAUCCGAAAGCUAUCAGAGGAGGAACUUAUACGCCCAAACCGUCGCACCUGGUAUCUUCCUGUGUUCCCAGUAAAGAACCCUAAUAAGCCAGGGAAAAUUCGCAUCGUGUGGGAUGCUGCAGCCACUGCUUUCGGAAAGUCACUAAAUUCAUUUCUUCUGACGGGGCCUGACCAGCUUGCAUCGUUGUUCUCUAUUCUCAUCCAGUUCCGUGAGCGUGCGAUUGGACUAACGGGUGAUCUGCGAGAGAUGUUCCAUCAAGUCUCGAUACGGAACGAAGACCAACUUUGUCAACUCUUUUUCUGGAGAGAUGAGGAUGGUCAGCUGUCAACCUAUGUGAUGCGUGUUAUGACUUUUGGUGCUUGUUGCUCGCCAAGCAGUGCACAAUAUGCGAAGAAUAUGAAUGCAGAGCGGUUCAGAUACCAGUACCCGACAGCAGCAAACGUUAUUCAAAAGCGUCACUACGUGGAUGAUAUGCUAGUUAGCGUCGAUACGGAAGGAGAGGCAAUACAACUGGCAAAGCAGGUUACGUUCGUACACGCGCAAGGCGGUUUUGAGAUCAGAAACUGGAUCAGUAAUUCUCAACGGGUACUGAGAGCCCUGGAUGAGAACAGUACGAAGGAGAAGAACCUUGACCUCGCUCCGGAAUUGGCCACGGAGAAGGUGUUGGGGAUGUGGUGGUGUACCGCGUCUGAUGUCUUCUCAUAUAAAGUUGGAUGGAACCGAUACGAGCGCCCCCUCCUGGAGGGUCAACGUUGCCCGACAAAGCGGGAAAUGCUACGAAUCCUUAUGUCUAUGUUCGAUCCCUUGGGGUUAAUUGCACAAUUCCUGAUGUACCUGAAGAUCCUCAUGCAGGAAGUCUGGCGGUCCGGAGCUGAUUGGGACGAUGAAAUUAACGGAGUACUCUUCUCCAAGUGGCAGACGUGGCUUCAGAUCCUCCCACAAAUCGAAACGCUCAAUAUUCCUCGUUGCUAUCGCAGUCGAAUUCCAGCAGAUUUUUCCGACGUGCAGCUCCAUACGUUUGUAGACGCGAGUGAGGAUGGAAUGGCUGCAGCUUGCUAUCUUCGUUACUCCCAUGGCGAUACCAUCGAAUGCACGUUAGUCGCUGCGAAAACCAGAGUUUCUCCGUUGAAAUUCCACUCGAUUCCUAGAUUGGAACUUCAAGCAGCGGUGUUGGGUGUUCGAUUGGCUUCCACAGUAAAAGAAUCCUUAUCUGUGAACAUCACUCGGCGAAUUUUUUGGUCAGAUUCACGAGAUGUGAUCUGCUGGGUCAAUUCGGAUCAUCGGCGUUUUACACCAUUUGUAGCCCACCGAGUUAGCGAAAUUUUGGACUCCACAGAACCAGCAGAUUGGCGCUGGGUUCCUACCAAGCAAAAUGUCGCGGACGAUGGCACUAAGUGGGUGAAACUACCAGACAUGUCUGCAGAAGCUCGUUGGUACACAGGACCACAUUUCCUGAUGUGCACUGAGAAGUAUUGGCCGCAACAACCAACCGUGACUAGGACAACAGAGACCGAACUACGCCCGUAUUUGUUGAUGCAUGUCCAGAAAACUGAGCCGCUUCUCUGCUUCAGUGACUUCAGUAGCUGGAGAAAGAUGGUGAACACAAUUGCAUACGUUCUUCGGUUUUCCAACAAUAUCAUUAAGAGGAUGAAAAGGCAGGCAGUUACGAAUGGCCAUCCUUCAAUGGAAGAGCUGACCGCCUCUGAAUCCCAUUUGAUCCGGCAAGCACAAGAGGACGCCUACCCCGACGAAUACACCCUUCUCCACCAGUCUGGUGGAGCCACGCUUCCGAAAACUAGCGCUUUGUAUAAGCUCACCCCUUGGAUCGACAAACACGGAAUCAUGCGGAUACGAGGUCGUAUUUCUGCCUGUGAGUUCGCGACCGAAGAUGCCAAGAAUCCGAUCAUUCUACCCCGUAACCACCACGUUACCAGUCUCAUUGUUGCACACUAUCACCAAAAAUACCACCAUCAGAAUCACGAGACUGUAAUUAACGAGAUACGGCAACGUUACUCCAUUUCUCGACUUCGAAGUACCUACUUACGGGUACGCAACAGUUGUCAACGAUGUAAGAAUAACCGGGCAAUUCCGCAGCCCCCUAUCAUGGCAGAUCUCCCACAUACCAGGUUGGACGCAUUCGCUCGACCGUUCACCCAUGUAGGCGUGGACUACUUCGGUCCUAUUACAGUCGUAAUAGGCAGGCGAUCGGAAAAGCGAUGGGGGAUGCUCGUAACCUGCAUGACAAUACGAGCCAUCCAUAUUGAAAUCGUCCAUUCGCUGAGCACUAAUUCGUGCAUCAUCGCGCUGCGCAACUUUAUCUCGCGUCGGGGUACGCCCCGAACGAUCUAUAGUGAUCGCGGUACCAACUUUGUCGGAGCAUGUC